ACCCGCCACUGCAGCGUCUGGCGCGGAGAGGAGAGGAGAGGAGAGGAGAGGUGCGCACCGAGGAGCAGGUAACUUUGGCUUGGCACGGGGAGCUGCGUGGACGUCUGGCGCACUGGAUACACCGCCUUUACGCGAGGAGUCUGACGGAGAUUUAUAUUCGCUUUUCAAAACAAAGAAGGAAAAAAAAACGCACCGUGAAAAUGAUGCGGGUUAACUUUAUCGGCUGGCACUGGUGGAUCUUACUGAGCUCGAUUCAACAAAUGUUAUUCGUCUCGGUGUCCGGGACCGAGGGGAACACCAUCCGGUACCAGACCAACGAGGAGGACGGCCCGGGCACGGUGAUCGGAAACCUGGCCAAGGACAUGUCCUUGAGUUUGUCCCACGCGUCCAGGACCAAUUUCAGGAUGAUGAAACAGUUCAACGACUCGCACAUCAGGGUGCGGGAGAGCGACGGGGAGCUGACUGUGGGGGAGCGCGUAGACCGGGAGCGGACCUGCCGCCACUCGCCAGUCUGCCUCAUAGAGUUCGACGUGGUCAAUUUCUCCAAAGAGCGCUACAAGCUGAUCCACGUGCAGGUGGAGGUGAAGGACAUUAACGACAACUCCCCCGAGUUCCCCUACAAGGAGUCCGUGGUGGAGAUCUCGGAGAGCGCGGCCGUGGGGUCCCGCGUGCCUCUGGACCCCGCCAUGGACGCGGACGUGGGCUCAAAUUACAUCCAGAGCUACCAGGUCUCCGUCAACAGCCACUUCUCUAUUGACGUGCAGCAGAGAGCGGAUGGGGUUAAAUAUGCGGAAUUGGUGCUAAUGAAAGAGCUGGACCGUGAGGUCCAGUCCUCCUACGUGGUGGAGUUGGUGGCCACGGACGGCGGGAACCCGUCCAGGACCGGCUCCACCAAGAUCACCGUCAAAGUCACGGACUUCAACGACAACAGCCCGGUGUUCGACCAGAACAGCUUCUCGGUGAGUCUGCCCGAGGACUCCCCCGUGGGGACCGUGAUACUGGAUCUUAACGCGGUGGACGCGGACGAAGGGUCGAACGGGGAGGUGGUGUACGGCUUCGGGAAGCAGGUGCCCUUCGAGAUUAGGGAACUUUUCAAAGUGGACGAUAGAUCGGGUCGUCUGACGCUCCAGCGCCCGGUGGACUUCGAGGAAAAGGCGACCUACGAGGUCGACGUGCAAGCGUCCGACCUCGGCCCUAACCCGACCCCCUCCGUGUGCCGGAUUAUCAUUCGCGUGAAGGACGUGAACGAUAACGCGCCCGAGAUCAGCAUCACCCCGAUGACCUCAACGUCCACGGGCGUCGCGUUCAUCAGCGAGGCGGCCGAGCGGGACAGCCUGGUGGCGCUCAUCAGCACCCUGGACAGGGACUCGGGCGUCAACGGCCAGGUGCACUGCACGCUCUACGGCCACGACCACUUCAAGCUUAAACAGGCGCACGAGGACAGUUAUAUGAUCGUCACGGCGGCCGCGCUCGACCGCGAGCGCAUCGGGGAGUACAACCUGACGGUGAUGGCGGAGGACUUCGGGUCCCCGCCGUUACGGAGGAUCCUCCAGUACACCAUCCGGCUGACGGACGAGAACGACAACGCCCCCCACUUCAGUAAGCCCGUGUACGAGGUGUCGGUUCUGGAGAACAACGCGCCCGGCGCCUUCAUCACCACGGUAGAGGCCCGGGACGCCGACCUGGGCAACAACGGUAAGAUCACGUACCGGCUUCUGGACGGCGUGCUCAUGGGCUCGCCGGUCAACACCUUCGUGUCGCUCAACUCCGUGACGGGCUCCAUCUACGCCCUGCGGAGCUUCAACUACGAGGUGAUGAAGGUGUUUGAGAUCCACGUGCAGGCCAGCGACGGCGGCCUGCCCCAGCUGCAGACCCGCGCCCUGAUCCGGCUGCGGGUCCUGGACCAGAACGACAACCUGCCCACCAUCAUCCAGCCCGUGCUUUACAAGGGCUCCGCCGAGGUCUUCCUGCCCCGCGACGCGGCGGCGGGCUACGGCGUCACGCAGGUGAAGGCGGUGGACGCGGACGAGGGCGCCAACGCGCAGCUGUCCUACCGCAUCACCGAGGGGGGCCACCUGGGGUUCUCCAUCAACCGGGCCACGGGCCGCCUGCACGCCAGCCGCCAGCUGGCCUACGACCUCUCCGACGUCGCCCGGGUGACGGUCGCCGUGAGCGACAACGGGGCGCCCGCGCUCACCGCCACCGCCACGCUGCUGCUCAGCUUCGUGGAGGGGCCCGUGCCCAGCGCCCCCCCCCCGGGUCAGGCGGGCGGCGCCGAGGCCUCCCUGGAGUGGGACACCUCGGUGGCCAUCAUCGUGGUGCUGGCGGGGAGCUGCUCGCUGCUGCUGCUCGCCAUCCUCCUCAUCACCACCUCGUGCAGCCGCCGCCGCAAGGAGAAGGGGAGGGGGGCGGGCCGGCGGGAGGACGAGGGGGAGGGCGACGGGGAGGAGGACGAGGAGGAGGGGGCGGAGGGCGAGGGGGAGGCGGCCGGCGCAGCGGAGAAGGCCGCGGAGAGGGCCGGCGUGCGCGCCGACCCGGGGCUCGCCAAGCACAAGGGCGGGAAGGCGUUCGAGGCGCACCAGUACGCCGAGCCCCCCCCGAUGGCCGGCGGCCACGCCCUGGAGGACGCCGGCGAGGAGGAGGGGCCGGCGGCCGGCGUGUUCGACCCCAGCGGCCGCGGCGGGAUGGAGGGCAAGCUGAAGGGCUACUCUACGCUCCCGGGCUACGGGAAGGAGACGCUGCGGCCCAUUACCAUAUGGAAGGGCAACUCCUUCACCACCAUCUCCGCCCGCGACCCGCAGAUCAGCGGCAAGGACAGCGGCAAGGGGGACAGCGACUUCAACGACAGCGACUCUGACAUCAGCGGCGACGUGCACAAGAAGGACUCCCUGCCCACACACAGUCUGUGGGCGUGCACCAGCGAGUGUAAGGUCCUGGGCCACUCAGACCGCUGUUGGAGCCCCUCCGCCAGCCGGCCCAACACCGGCCUGGCCACGGCGCCGCACCUCUCCACCUUCGCCUCCAGGACGGCCUCGCUGCCCCGCGACGCGCGGCGGGAGAACUACUACCCCGCCCACCUGCCCAAGCCCCAUGCGCUGCAGAGCGUCUACGAGAAGGUGCAGCACCAGGAGUUCGAUUACAUCCUAGUGGGCCCACCCACGCCUGCACGCAUACAGGAGACGGACGAGAUAUCCAUCCCCGAGUAUUUACACUCGUGAACGGACAGACGAUCGGCGGACGACGAACGUCCGAACGUCGGACGAUGUAUACACAAGGGGGUGAGGGGGAGGGGGAG